UAAUAAUCGCCGGGUGCCACGAGUUAAUCGAAUUUAUCGCAUCGGAUUCCAAAGCGCGAACCGUCCCAACUUACUUCUUCAAUCCUAACCUUACUUCCUUCAACACCUAGUUGGAAUUGGAGAAUAUCAAUUUUGCCCAAGAUGUAUAGAAACUCCUAUAACCAGUCACCAUCGUCUAACCCUCCCCCUCCCCCUCCCCCGGGUUAUGACAGCUACGAUCGACCGCCGCAGUCUCCGUACUCGCGCACCGAUGAGCCGCCUCGAUCAUGGAACGGCUAUCCGCAAGAGCGUCGCGAUAAUUAUCAGUUCCAAGGUCCCUACUCCGAUUUACGUCGCAAUCGCCCCGAUGAUCGCCGCCGAGCUGAUGGGGAAUAUCGCGACCACCAUCGCGACAGCGAUAAUUACCGCCCUCCUCAAGGUGACUUCACCUUUCGCGUAGAACGCCCUGCCGGUAUCGACUCGUAUGUACCAUCGGACCGAGAGCAACGAGCUCCUAGAGAUUCCGGCGACGGACGAAACGUACCCCAUCAACCGCGUCGCGAUGAAAAUGGAAGAUCAACCGGCCGCGAUGGCCGCCCACGCCGUAAUGACGAUCGCAGACGCUACCAACCUUAUCGAGACACGCGAAAUCGCACUCAGGCUAGACAAAAUGGUUCCUACAAGCCAACAAUACCGGCGACGCGGUUACUCUUGCUUAAGAAGCAUGAUGAUAACCCGGAAUUAAUGUUGGGCGAUAUAGCCGGUCGAGCUACUUAUAGAGAUGUUGAUGAACUGUCAGAUAGUGACGAGGCAGAGAUGGAUAUUUCGGAUAACUCCGAUUCAGAUGUAGCCGAACCCUCAGCCAAGCGAAUGCGAACGUCCGAGACAAAUGCUACAAAGCUAGAACAGGAUGCGCCGAGAUGGUCUAACCCCGACCCAUACACCGCGCUGCCUCCCCCCGAUGAGAGUACACGCAAAAAGAAAGACAUGGUACAGCUGAUCCGCAAAGCACGCGUAGAAGCGGAAGCAAAGCAGCCUGCAGCGCCCGUGGAGGGGUUGGAUUUUAUUUCUUGCGAUUUCAGUGACAACGAAGGUGAAGGUGCCAACCGUCGCGAGGCAACGUCAACAGUCCCGGCAACUUAUUCACACAACCUUCCUACUGACGAAAUUCGAAUUCAACGCACAGAGACCCAAACCAUCAAACCUAAUACCAAAGGCACUAGCAAUAACCCUAUUGACCUAACAGCUUCCACAUCGCUCGGUACUCGCAAACGCACUUUUGACGAUACAAUCAAGUUGCCUCAUACGACUUUGAAGGUUUCAAUGAAGUUUAGCGGCGGUGGAAACGUCCUGCCAGCAUGGCAACCCAAAGAUGACAAUCCAUGUCCUUGGGCUAUAACUGAUCAUUCGACAACGCCGUCUAUGGCUACGCGGUUGCAUAAGGAGAUUGUUGAUUUCUACCUGUAUGUUCGUCCUCGCGACUUUGAAGAGCGUGUCCGCAACGAGAUGCUCAAUAAUCUCCGGGCUGUGGUUAAGAAGAAGUGGACCGAUGCUGAGGUCUAUCCGUUCGGCUCCUUCAUGUCUGGUCUCUAUCUACCUACUGCAGAUAUGGAUGUCGCCAUUUGUUCCAACACGUUCAUCAAUCGUGGCAUUCCGCGAUACGACAAGAAGAAGGAUCUAUGGGCCUUCAAAUCACACCUCAUAUAUCACGGAAUUCCCUACAAGAACGACGUUGAAGUGAUCGCAAAGGCGAAAGUCCCACUAGUGAAAUUUACCGACCGCGAAACCGGCCUAAAGGUUGACAUCUCGUUUGAGAAGAUGAAUGGUCAUCAAGCCAUCAAGACAUUUUUAGACUGGAAAGAGAAGUACCCAGUGAUGCCAAUCCUCGUUGCCGUCAUUAAGCAUUUUCUGCUCAUGAGAGGACUCAACGAGCCUGUUAAUGGUGGCAUCGGAGGCUUCUCCGUUAUCUGCAUGGUUGUCAACUUACUCAAUCAGAUGCCACAGGUUCAAAGCCGUUCUAUGAAACCCGAGCAUCAUCUUGGAGAGCUGCUGAUGGAAUUCCUGGAUUACUAUGGUAACCAUUUCCAGUACAGCACGGUCGCGAUUCGCAUGAACCCUCCCGGUCUCGUUUCCAAGAGCAAAGUAAGCAACGUCGUUUAUCGCAACCUAGAUCGAUUGUCUAUUCUCGAUCCCAACAACCCCGAAAAUGACAUUGCGGGCGGGUCUAAGAAUACUCCAACUAUCCUAGCCCAGUUCUCGAAAGCUCAUUCGACCAUCCGAGCACGUAUGGCUGAGCUUGCAAAGGGAACCAAGACUGUAGGCGUCAGUAACACAAUCCUCGAGCCAUUGUUUGCGGGCAAUUAUUCUAUCUUCCAGGUCCAAAGAGACUAUUUAGAACGCCUAGCAGCACAAGGGAUCCCCAACUACCAAACUCGGGAACACGACUCUAGUGACGUUAUCUGGUAAUCUAGUGGUACGAUGCCAAACUGACCAGUGCCCUGGAGCCCCAUUACAGGAAUUGCAGGAUGCUGCUCGUGGCGGUAGGCAUUCUGGACAAUCCUUGAUGACA